GAGGCGCAGGCGCAGGAAAGCCAUUCUUGCCCCGCCCUCCCUUCCGGCAGACGACGCAAAGAGCUCACGUAAAGUCAUUUCCGGGAAGUGGAUCGGCGCUUUGUUUGCUGCAACAUGGAGGCCACUGGUGAAACUGAAGAGCCGGUUUCCGGGGAACUGGUAUCCGUGGCACAUGCUCUUUCUCUCCCAGCCGAGUCUUACGGCAACGACCCUGAUAUUGAGAUGGCAUGGGCCAUGAGAGCAAUGCAGCAUGCUGAAGUCUACUACAAGUUGAUUUCAUCAGUUGACCCACAGUUCCUGAAACUCACCAAAGUGGAUGACCAAAUCUAUACUGAAUUUCGGAAAAAAUUUGAGAAACUCAGGAUAGAUGUAUUGGAUCCAGAAGAACUUAAAUCAAUAUCAGCUAAAGAGAAGUGGAGGCCAUUUUGUUUGAAGUUUGAUGGGGUUAUAGAAGACUUCAACUAUGGUACUUUGCUGCGACUGGAUUGUUCUCAAGGCUACACUGAGGAAAACACUAUCUUUGCCCCCAGGAUACAAUUUUUUGCCAUUGAAAUUGCUCGGAACAGGGAAGGCCAUAACAAAGUAGUUUACACCAGUGUUCAAGACAAAGAAGAAGAGAAAGGAGCCAACAGAGGAGAAAAAGAGAAAACCGGCGAAGGAGAAGAAAAAGAAAAUGAAGCCAAUGAAGGAAUCAACAAACCUGGUGAAACAUCUAUGUAAGGUAGAAAGGGAAAAACACACUAGAAACUGUGACUCAAGUGAGUCUACAAGUACCAUGAUGUUACUUAUACAGAUCCUGUUGUUAAAUGUAUGUUCUUAUUCAAUUGAAGGAAAUGUAGAAGGACUUUUUUCAAGCCUAAUUAUCAGGAGCUGCUCUGGUUGUUGUGUUUUAUGAAGUGGGUUAAAGACUAUUUGUUGGGUCAUAGUUGACUGUUUCUUGGUAUAUUUUUUCUUGGUUCUUCACUGGUCAAGUAAGAAAUUUUGUAAAUAAAUUUAUUUUGGUUCUUA